UCUUCCCGCCCCACCUUUUCCGGAAGAAGUGGCUUUUCUUCUAAGCAAUUUUGGAGAGGGAAUCGUUUGAAAAAUUCGCAAUACUGGCUGAUCGGAGUUUCGCGAUUUCUUCAUCGGAGAUGCUGGUGACUGGUGGAGCUUGGUAGUUGUUUCUAGGGAAGGAAUUAAAUAAUUCCUUUUCAACUUUCUCAUUGGCAUUUCAUUUCGGCUGUGGGAUGGUAAAGAAUUUGAAUUGCAGGCUGAUAUGGACGGCCUUGUGGAGGACGGGUCUUUUGAUGACAACGUUGGCUUUUCUUCAUCCCAUGAUGGUGCAGACCCUAGAGAUCCUGUAGGCCACAGUACGGAUGACAGAAAAGGAAUCACAUUUACGGAAGUGAAUUAUGUUAGAGCAAGCCAAAACAAAAUCACCUGUUGCCACUUUUCAUCUGAUGGAAAAUUGCUUGCUAGUGGUGGCCAUGAUAAAAUGGCUGUACUGUGGUACAUGGAAAAUUUGGAGCUGAAAACUUCACUUGAAGAACAUGCUUCUCCGAUCACUGAUGUUCGUUUCAGUCCUAGCAUUCCCCUCCUCGCGACACCAUCAUUCGACAGGAGAGUCCGGGACAUUCUGCUCCUGUUAUGUCUUUGGACUUCCAUCGAAAGAAGGAUGGCCUUAUCUGCUCCAGUGAUAGUGACGAGGAGAUUCGGUACUGGAGUUUCAACAAUGGCAGCUGUGUAGGAGUAUUCAAGGGUGGUACGGGCCAGAUGAGAUUUCAACCUUGUCUUGGAAGGUACCUCGCGCUGCUGCUGCAGAUAAUAUUGUAUCCAUUUUUGACGUGGAGACUCAACAGUGUCCUCAUUCGUUACGG